AAGCCCGCAACAAGGAAGUACGUGGGAAACGUCUGCUGGUCUUCUGCGUUUAAAAUAAGUGUCUUGAGAUGAGACCAACGGUGGUUUUUACGUGUUCAGUCCUAUUUUACAAUUUGGAGAUUGUACAUUCCCGAGGUGACGAUGGAAAGCAAGAAUGGCCGAUUCCUUACAGGCGAUUUGAUUGUCGUCCCGCUGCGGACUCGUACUGUGAAGCCAUGUUCCCCUUCUGUCCCACCGGCGACAGGGAUGGCCGGAUCCCCUACAUGAAUAACUGGGAUGUCAUCUCGGUAUUUCGACUGCAAGCUCCAGUGUGGGAGUUUAAAUAUGGAUCAUUACUGGGGAAAAUGAAUAUCAUGCAUGAUGCCAUUGGGUUCAGCAGUGCUGAAACGGGGAGAAACUACACCAUGGAGUGGUAUGAACUCUUCCAGCUGGGCAACUGCACCUUCCCUCACCUGAGACGUGAGACUAACAACCCCUUCUGGUGCAACCAGGGAGCUGCAUGCUUCUUUGAGGGGAUUGAUGACAUCCACUGGUCUGAGAAUGGUACCUUGGAGAAAGUGGGAGAGAUCUCAGGUGGCCAGUUCAACGAGAUGGCCUUGUGGGUCCAGGACGACAACCAGACUGGGAUCUAUUAUGAGACGUGGACUGUCCGCUCAGACCCCGGCCCCAACGCCACCGUGUGGUUUGACUCCUACGACUGCUCUCAGUUCGUCCAUCGCACCUACAGGUAUCUUACGCAACAGCGAGCCAAGCUGUCCAGCCAAUUCCAGACCAACUACACUAAGAUCUACCUGUACAGUGGGGAGCCGACCUACUUGGGGGAUGACGAUUCUAUCUUCAGGGAUCCUGCUGCGAAGACCCUGGCUGAAGACAUCCGCAAGUUCUAUCACCCUUUCCGACCACACCAGUCGUACAUGGACUUUGUCCUCAGUCUCGCGGAGGCUUAUCAGAAGGUGGUAGAGGAGAAGAGCUUCUACUUGUACUAUAACUUUGAAUAUUGGCACUUACCCAUGAAAUCUCCAUAUGUGCAGAUCACAUAUGAGGAAGUGCCUUUGCCGUAAAGUCACAAUUUGUAAUUGGUUUUUCAGCCAAACGGCAUCCGAGCCGCUCUCUGCAGGGAUGGGGCUGAAAAAAAACGUUACCACUCAGUCAGAAGGAGCUAUGGAUCGAAGGACUAUCGUUAAUUUAACUUGCUAUUCAUUGAACUGCCAUAUUUUAACUUUGUCACAUGCGCCAAAUAGAUCAACUGUAGACCUUACCGUGAAAUGCUUACUUACAAGCCCUUAACAAAUAGUGCAGUUCAAGAAAGAGUUAAGAAAAUAUUCACCAAAUAAACUAAAGUAAA